AUGAAAGUGGGCGAGUGCGCGAAACAAUGCCCUGCCGGGGGGAUGCGCGCUCCCGGACUACCCGGCGGCUCCCGCGCACUGUGUACACCGACUCUCGCGCACGUCUCUCGGCAUAAAUCCACGAUGCGCGCGCCGCCCACCGUCGGCGGCCUCGCGCCCAGCACUGGCUCCUCCAACGGAUACACUAUCGACAUCGCCCUCCUCUUAAAAAAUCUCGGCACAUUCUCACAGUUCAAAGUGGGCGCACUCAUGCGAUCUCAGUCGAAGACGUCGACUUUGCCUCGGGACACGAUUUGCAGCCGCCGCAGACAUUCGGUCAAGAAGGAGCGUGAUCUCGACGCAGUGGAUAAAAAUUAUUUAUUUGCGUGGGGCGCGGCAAUUAGGGGGGCGGAGCGCGUCUGCGCGCACGACCUUUCGACCCUCGGCCUACGCCCGCGCAGCCGAGCCGCCGCGCCGCCUGUGGACACUCGUCCUGUCACGGUGAUGGCCCAGCGAAACAUCUCGGAAUUGCAUGCGCUCCGCGCUCUGCAGCACGAUCUCACCUACUUUCGCGAAAUAUGUUAA